GGCCGCGCCGAAGACAUCGGCCAGUCCGGUGUCGGAACGCUCUUGUCGCGCAUCACAAACCUAACCGAAAGAUUGUCGUUCGUUUUCCGCGCACAAAUUCGUCGCCACUAACGUUUGCCAUGCCGUCUGAAACGCUUCGUCGACACCAACGGCCGUGACCGACAAGUGCUCGCCACAAUGACCGCCGCCGCCGUCGCGAUGCCACCGCUCGCGCUGGUACUGGCGCUGCUGCUGACCGUCGCCGACCGGGUUCGACCCUCGCUCGACGGCGGGUCCGCGGCUGUCCAGCCCGAAGCGGCCGCCACGGCCACAGGCGUCUGGUCCAAGUUCGGGCUGGUCGUCCAGAAGCACGCGGCCGGCCAGUCGACGCCGCACACCACCGAGACGUCGGGCAUAAUCAUGAGGGCUCCCGACCCACCGGUCCCCGGAGUCGGCCCACCGCUGGCUUCACCGCCGACCGUCGUCCCUACAGCCCUGGGCAAGUCUUGGACGCAGAUAUCCGUCACGCACCCGCCGCCGCGGUACCCGCAACAACAUUCGCCGGUGAAGUCCGCUACCACGACGACGACUACUGCCAAGUCUGCGGUGGCCACCAGCACGCACGAAGCCCGCCGGGACAUACCGUAUAGGUAUCAGCCGCUGAUGAGCACCACCAAACCGAUUAUCACCAUCACGUUUCCACCGCCCCGCUUGUCCACCGCCCGGCCGACCGUCGGCACGGAGGAGGUGACUUCCAAGCGGGUCAGACAGUACGAGGACGACGACGACGAUGAUGACGACGACGACGACGACGAUGAAGACGAGUACGACGUGGAUGACGAUGAAGAUCACGAGGAUAAAGGCGAGGAAGAGGAGAUCGAAGAGAUCGUCGAGGUCCAACACAUCGAUUCGUCCGACGGUUAUGGAGAAGAAAAGCCAGCGAUCGUCAAAAAGAAACGCAGGCGAAAAAAGAAAGGCAAAAAGCACAAGCCGUUCAAGGUUAAGGAUUUCAAGAAACUGAAAAAGUUUAUGUUGCCACUAUUGUUGGCGUAUAAGCUCAAAUUUUUCACACUUGUGCCACUGAUGUUGGGUGGAUUGGUGCUGAUCGUAGCAACCACUGGUUUUGCUGGAUUUUUUUUCGCGCUGUUCGCAGUUGGACUGGGUCUCAAGGGACACCAUUAGUGGUUCUUCGAAAAAAUGGUUUGCGGAAUACGCGACGUCUGUAUAAUAUACAACUAUGUGUCGCAUUGAUGAUGUGCAGGAGGAAGCAGGAUGAUGACAUUGGCUCGUCAGUGGACACACAAAAUACAAAAAGAAAAGAAACACAAACACAAAUAUACAAAAAAUGACAAGAAACAAGUUUUGAGACGCGACAAAAUAUAUAAUUAUAUAUUAUUAUAUGUAUAGAAAAUAUCAUAUUAUUAUUAUUAUUAUUAUUGUUAAUAAACCGUUGACAUACUAUAUAUAAUAUCCAUAUAUUGCUCAAAUCCAAUUGUACAAUCUGCCUGUAUCAAAGAUGUAUUCACCUUGCAAGAUACGGUUUUAAUUUCUUUUUUUCUCCCCUUUUGUUCUUUUUGUGUUUUGUAUUUUAAACAUAAUUCAUAUUUUACAUGCAACGACAUGUCAAUUAACGUGCAUAGUUUUAACGUAUUAGUUUUGUUAUAAUUAUUUAUUUUAUUAUCUAUUUAUUAUUAUCAUUAAUGUGUAAAUAUAGGUUUAAUAUUAUUAUACAAAAUAUUAAAUUUUGUAAGGACGCAUUGUACAAACGAUAAAAUAUUAUUAUCAGGACAUAUUUAUUAUUGAUGUUAUCAAGCUAAUAUUUUUAUUUAUUAAUAUUGUCGAAAGUUAUUUAUCUAUUAUUUUUAUAAGAAUUGGGUGUUACGAAAAAAUUAUGACACAUUUCGAAUUAACUCGUCGUCGCGUCUUCGCGGUUCGACACACGACAAGUCGCGGACUGAAUACCAUUGCCAUGAUAUCGUAAUUUAUUAUUAUAUUAUUAUACAAUCAUCUGAUAUUUUUGUCCGUUGCGUUAUUUGACGUGAAUCAAUACGAACAUUGUCAUAAUUUUAUCGAUCAUAAUGUUAUUUUAUAAUAAAUAUUAUAAUAUGUCAAUAUAUAUAUAUAUUUUUUUUUACGUUUAAUGAAAUAUAUAUAACGUAUACUAAUGAAUAAUUAUGUAUAAUUGUAUAAAUACUACAUCUGUGUAACGAAAUUAUUUUUUAAAGCUAUAACUAAAAUAUUUUUUUAUUGCAAAAAUAAAAUUCUAGAAAUCUAA